AUUCAAAUGGAAAAGUUCGGAGAUCUAAGAGCAAGCAGACAUAGAGUUAAGCAUAGCAAAAUGAAGUCUAAAAACCAUCGUCAAUAUGAGCAAGAAGAAGUUAAGCAUGCCCGUUCUAGACCGGAUAGGUUCGACCCUCCACAAAUAGAUGAAGAGAGUAAAUAUUCUGCAGGAAUAGAUGAAGCCAUUCAAUUGGUGGAGAUAACAGAGAAAGGAGUUUGAAAAAUUAACCCAAUAGCAAUGAAUAUAGUAAAAGGAAUCAAAACUAAAGUAGGAAUAAUCUCAGUAGUUGGCCCAUACAGGACAGGUAAAAGUUUUCUACUUAACCGGUUGCUCGGACAACAAGAUGGAUUUGAGAUAGGCCCAACUGUUCAAUCUUGUACUAGGGGAAUUUGGAUUUGGGGUAAACCUGUCAAAGUCUCAGAAGAUAUGCAUGUAAUACUUAUGGACACAGAGGGAUUAGGAUCUUGAAAUAGAACAAUGAAUAUUGAUAUAAAGAUUUUCACUUUGUCAGUUCUCCUUUCAUCAAUGUUCGUCUAUAAUUGACUGAAUGCUAUUGAUGAAAAUGCGCUAGAAGUACUUUCCUUAGUGGUGAACCUUGCCAAAUACAUCAGUAAUCAGAAGAAAAAUGAUUCAAUGGAUGUAUAUAACCAGGCAAAUUAUUCUCCAUACUUCAUGUGGGUAGUCAGAGAUUUUUCCCUUCAAAUGAUGCCAUCAGAGGAACUUGAAAAAGCAGGGCAUGAUCCUGCUACAUAUUGGGAUAAACUUGAAAAUCAAGAAGCUGCAGCCAAAGAAUAUCUCGAAAAAUCUUUGGAAGCUAUCGAUCUUGGAACUAUUAAUGAAGAAAACAAAAGAACAGUUACAAAGAAGAAUGAGAUUAGAAAAGCAAUCAAGAAUUUCUUUCAUCAAAGAGAAGCCACUUGUCUUUUCAGACCAAUAAAUGAAGAAGAGAAGCUUAGGAUUGUCAAUAAAAUUCCCUAUGAGGAUCUAAGAAAACCCUUCAGAAAGCAAGUUGAGCACCUUAUCAACAAAAUAUACUAUAAUGUCAAACCAAAAUCCAUCAAUGGACAAACAUUAACUGGAAAGAUGUUUGCUCAAAUGCUAGAAGAAUACACCUCAAGCAUGAACAAUAAUGGAAUGCCAGAGAUCAAUACUGCUUGGGACAGAGUCAUGGAUACAGAAAUUAAAAGAGUUCUACAAGAGAGCACAACCAAAAUAAACUAUCAAUUACAAGAAGUAGUGAUAGAUAAGAUGCCUAUGCCUUUAAAACAACUCAUUUCAAUAGAAAGAAAUGUAAGAAAAAGUGCUUUAAAGCUUUUGUAUGACCCUAAUAUUAAAAAUGCACCAAAAGACAAGCUCUCAAGACUUCAGGAUAAAUUUAUAGAAAACUUAGAUGAGAUCUUUGAAGGAAUUUUUAAUGAAAAUGAGAUUAUAUCCAAAAGGCAAGCUAAAGAUCUCCUUCCAAGAAUGUACCAGAAGAUUAAAGCAAUGAUAAAUAAAGGAGAGUUUGAAACUAUACAUGAUUUUAGUGACAUUUAUGGAAAAAUGGCAAUAUCUUACUUUGAUAACACCAAUGAGCCUGAAAACUACAAGAUAUAAUUCAAAAUUUCCAGAUCAACACAGUGUUUGAGGAUUUAGACGAAAUAAUGCAAACACAAGUCCAAAGACAUGAGUCUCAAAACCAAGAAUAUGAGACGAAAUUGGAAACUAAAGAUCACCAGAUAGAGCAUUUAAAUGAACAGCUUAAAAAGGAAAAGACUAAAAACAAGGAUAGAGAGCAAGAACUCAGAAGCAAAAAUAUGAAUAUCAGAUCUAACUUAGAAGAAGAAAUACAGAUGAUAAAAUAACCAAAUUUCGAAUAAAGAUCAACAAUUCGAAAGUCUUGGCACUAUGAUCAAAGAAGGAUGGAACAAUAGUGAGCAAGUUUUGAAAGAAAUCAAAGCAAAAGAAAUCGAAAACAUCAAAGCAACUAUCGCCUUAGAAAGCCAGAAGAAAAUAAAAGAACUUGAGACAACACAUCAACAGGAACAACUUCAUUAUAAAAAGGAGAUGAAGAAAGCAUUGGAGAAAACUCUUGCAGGUUUAAAGAUGUCUUAUGAAGAUGAAAUACGCCUUUUGAAGAAAAAUGUGAAAGAUCAAGACAAGAAAAUUACCCUUCUUAAGAAAAUGUGUGUAAGAAAAGAUACACAAAUUCAAAUGCUUGAAGAAAAAGCCCAAUCAAACGAAAAGCAAGACAAAUUACAAAAAGAGCAUCGUGAUAUUUUAUUUGAACUAGCCAGAGCUUUUAAAGAAGGGACAACUCCGGGUAAAGAUUCGACAACAAAUGAAAGUGCUACUCCUUAUUAA